UCAUCGGAGCGCGCCGGAAGGGCGGGGACCUGACGUCAUCCACCCGCGCCGGCCGCCUACUGCGCCGCGGAGGGAGGCAGGGCGGCAGGGAUAAGCGGAGGGAACCUAUUUGGAAAUCCAGUUUGGUUCAAGAUGAGCUUCCUGUUGCCUAAACUGGUGUGCAAAAAGGAUGUCGACCAGGCAAUCAAAAGUACAGCCGAAAAGGUUUUGGUGCUCCGAUUUGGAAGAGAUGAGGAUCCCGUUUGUCUGCAGCUGGAUGAUAUUCUUUCCAAGACCUCCCAUGACCUAAGUAAAAUGGCUACUAUAUACCUGGUGGACGUGGACAAGACGCCCGUUUACACUCAGUAUUUUGAUAUCAGCUAUAUCCCAUCCACCGUCUUUUUCUUCAACGGGCAACACAUGAAGGUGGAUUACGGAUCCCCAGAUCACACUAAAUUUGUGGGAAGCUUCAAAACCAAGCAAGACUUCAUAGACCUGAUCGAAGUGAUCUACCGGGGCGCGAUGCGGGGAAAGCUUAUCGUCCGAAGUCCCAUCGAUCCCAAGAACAUUCCUAAAUAUGACCUUCUCUAUCAGGACAUUUAGCCGGGGACGGUGGUUCAGCCAGCGGUCAGAACUGCGUGUAAAAGAAACUGAUGCCCUCCUCCCUGUACGGAUCACACAGCAGAUGCCGCCAUCCUCAUAUUCGGAAAGAAAGGUGAAAGAUCAGUUCGCAGCAGUGAUCGCUGGCGCCGAGAUCCUAGCCAGAGUCCCCUUGCGUCGCCUACCGAAGACUACCGUGGACGGUGCGAUUAUGGAAUCACAGCGCGGCUUCGGAGCGGAGCAGAGCACGGGAGCCUAUCUGAUAGACGGAAAGCCCGGGGGGCAGCGCCGGGAUCUCUGUGCGAUUCCCACAGACCUUACCGACACCUAACAGCAGGCCAUCUGGGGUCCGGCAACGAAUUUAGGGAAGUGGGUUGCCCUGAGGAGUUCACCGAGAUUACUUCGCGACUGGGGAAAACCAGUCGUGUAUCAGCCUGCGCCGGGAAAGUCGCACACACAAUAAAUUUUUCAAAAUCUA